CGAUAACGAUUAACCCCUCCAUCCAUCCCUCUCUGACACAUCCUCUUGGCUUCUCAUCUGUGGCGGGGAAGAGCUUCUCAAUCGCACCAUCAGCAUCAAAAUCAUGUCCACUUGCCCGCACUCCCCGGACUCCCCACGAGCAGCGACUCCCCAGACCCGCAUCUCGAAGCAUCCGACUUUGCAGCACCGGUCUCCGCAUCACAAGUCGCCCCAUCACAAGUCCCGGCAUCACCAAUCCCCACAGCAGCCGACCACGUUCCCCUUCCUCCUCCUCCGCCUAACCAUCACGGACGACGAACUGUGCCCAGUGAUGAAUAACAGUCCGUCUUCCCCAUGCAUCUUCCCCACGCAUCCUUCAAUCCUCCCAUUUCCCCAUAUCCCCAGCUUCCCCAGCCCUCCUCCCUCUCCCAUCCUCCUCAUCCUGCUCCGAAUCCCAUUAACCCCUCUCCCAGCGCUCACCAAAGACGAGAUCUUUGUGCGCGGCAAGGUCGCCAGGCACCGGUACUCCGUUGAUACCACGACGCUGCACAUCACGCCCUCCGCAGUUGCGGUCGAUUACGCACGGCGCACGAAUAGCGCCUCGCGCAUACGACCGCUCUAUGCCGCGCCUGCCAGUGAGCUGCCGGAUGUUCCGGUGAAGAAUGUUGAGCUGUAUACUGUGCAUGAGGAGGAGGAGGAGGACGCGGACGACGAGGAGGAGGAGGACCGGGAGGAGUAUGAGGGUGUGGUAGAGAAGUAUGACGAAGAUGAGGGGUAUGGGGGGAAGAAAUUAGUGGUGGUUGUAGCGGAGAAGGAGGUGGAGGUGGAGGAGGAUUCGGUGAUAGCUGACGAUAAAGACUACCGGUACUUGGAGGACGAUAGCGAAUACUUGGAGGGCGAGGAGCUGGAGGACUUAGAGGUGUCGCUGCUCGAGACGUUUAGGACGUUUCUCUAUUUUCUACUUUUUCAUGGCGAGGCUUCGUGAGACGGUGAUGGUCGGGCUGGUGGGUGGGUGGUCUGGGGCGAAGAGGCAUGAUCCAAAACUUCACGGAGUCACUCGUUUGUUCUGUGUGGGAGGGAUUGUCAGCGGG